GCACAUUUUCUGUUACAGGUAGGAGGCGACGAUCAGUUCUAUAUGCUUCAGCAGCACGGCUUCAAGUGGGACAACAGCAUGCCAACUCAGCUAUCCGAUCCUCCUCUUUGGCCGUUCACUCUCGACUACCAGGCGGAACAUGGCUGCGUCAUCGAGCCCUGCCCCCACGCCAGCUACCCGGGACUCUGGGAGAUACCGAUGGUUGACUACAUCGACAAAACGGGCGAAUUCUGCAACAACGUAGACAGUUGCGAGUUCCCCGCUAACAAGAAGGAAGCGCUGGACCUCCUGCGAUACAACUUCGCGAGGCACUAUCUGACGAAUAAGGCACCCUUUCCCGUUUACCUGCGCGCACGGUGGUUCGAAGAGGCCCACUACAACAUCGAAGCAUUAGAAGAAUUCCUCGACGAACUCUUGCUGAUGAAAGACGUCUUCUUCGUGACGAUCAGCCAGGCGGUGGACUGGAUGAAGCAACCGACGAAAUUGGCCGACAUUCAGGACUUCGCGCCGUGGCGGUGCGACCGGGACGAGCCGUCGACGUGCCGACAGAUCAACACGUGCGUCUACUUAAACGUCACGCUGCCGCCCAACUCGUUCGACCAUCCCGGUGAACGUUUCGUAUCGACGUGCGCCGAGUCGUGUCCGCCCCUGUAUCCUUUCGUAGGAAAUCCGCAAGGUAGACUCGACUGACUCGCACGCGCUGCUAUUAUGUAAUGUGAGGUUUUUAUCUGGCAUAGUGCCAAAAAAAGGUGACGCGUGCUUGUUCUGUAUACGCCUGUGUACCUCUUAUACUGUGUGUUUACGAUGCUAUGCGACGUAAUGGAGAUGAGUACGAUUUGGGUUCGCAUGCGUCGUCGUAAAGAUUAGACACGUUAGAGGUUGAUCAUCUACAUUAACCAGUGUCACGUAUAAAAUAUAUAUAUUAACUCCUGUCGAUUUUUAUUGUAUUA